AAGAAAGAGAGGGAGGGAGAGAAAAAGGAAGCUCCUCGAUAAGUUUGCUGUGUAUAUUUUUCCAAAGUUACACAAAGUUUCACAAAACAAAGGUAUGAGUGGAGGCCCUGAGGGGAUCAACAUGCUGAAGAGGGAGAUCUGAAGGGGAGGACGGACACCAGUUUGUCUGCAGUUGUGCACAGCUGAUGACAACAUCAAAUAUUAACACUUUCUACGGCCUUGGGCCUCGAGUGACUGUAGAGAGAUCCAGGACAGAGAAACAGGAAGACAAUGUCCUCCGAGUUGGACUCCAGUCUCACCAGUAUCGACUGGUUGCCUCAGCUGGGAAUCAGCACUCUACGCUCCGGGAGGGAGAGGGGAGGAGGAGGAGGAGGGGAGAGGGAAAAGAAGAAAGACAGAGGGAGGGAAAGAGGAGACUUUCUUCCGUCUGUUCCAGACCCCUCCCCAUCUAACUCAAAGGGGAAACCCCCUCACAGCUAUGCCACUCUCAUUGCCAUGGCAAUAGCAGCUGCACCUGAGAGGAAGUUGAGUUUGAAUGACAUCUACACCUGGAUCAGUGACACAUUCCCCUACUACAGCCGGGUGGGCCGAGGAUGGAAAAACUCCAUUCGACACAAUUUGUCCCUUAAUAAGUGCUUCAGGAAAGUCCCUCGGCCACAACACGACCCUGGCAAGGGUUCCUAUUGGACGAUGGAUGGUCCUGCAGAUUCAAACCAAGUGAGGGCACCUAAACGUCCCUACCCAGAGGAGGAGGAGGAGGAGGAGAAGUACAAUGUUCCUCGGGUAGAAGGGAUACAGGCAAAGAGAGAACCCUCUCCUCAUCAACCACAACAAGCCUCCCAAACAGACCACCAGCUUCUUAACACCCAGCAUCUGGGAGCCAAUCAGCAACAUUCCCCCUGCCCUGCCUCCCUCUCUCCUCCCCCAUGCAAGCAACCAUCACCCUACAUGUCAAGCCCAGUGUCCACUCUCCCAGUCCCCCAUCCCGGGCUCCCAUCUGCAGCCCCAGUCACCUCCAUCAGUUCUUUCUCUCCUCCUCCUCACUCGCCUGCCUCCACUUAUUCCCUCUCUGCUGUCUCUGCUACACCUCUGUCAGCUCCUUCAAGUGCCUCCUCGUUCUCUGAUGCCACUCUGUCCUUUCCUGCUGUCUCAGGGUCUGUUUCUGUCCCCACAUAUUCCUGCACCCCCAUUUCAACUUUCGUGCCUAUUUCCACCAUGUCCGUACCCCCUCACCCUUCUGUAUCUGUCACCCAUGCAUCCAUCAAUGCCCCUCUUGUCGCCCCCCUGAACUCCUCCACAGAUCCUCUGCUGCGCUUCACCUUCGACGAGCUGAACUUACCAGACUUGUACGCAUCUUUCAAGUCUAUCUUUAAGACGAUGCGGGACAGGGGAGGCUCUCAGUCGGAAAUUACCCCCCUGACUGCUCUGAGCAAUGACACUACUCCUCUACACACUCCAACACUCCUACCUUUGUCACCUUACCCUGCACAUGCUCUACCUGCAGCCCCUGCACAAGCUGCAGCACCUCUACCGCCUGCACACCCUGAGACGGAACGUGUCCCACAACACACAGUGCCGCCCGACUGGUUCAGUAACCCUGAUUCUCUAAAGGAGAGCUGCCGCAUCGCCAGCAACCUGGACUGGGCAAACAUAGACCUCACAGGUCACCCAGACCUGCUGGAGAGCAUGCGUCAAGCUGAGCUCUGUGACUGGGCCCUAGACCCGACGCUCUUCACCUCCCUCUGUGACUCCCUGAACCGCUUCUUCACCCAGAAAGGAAUGAUCACCUCUGGUAAUAAUUCCCCCUUAGCUGUUGCUGCGCCUCACUCUCAACAGGGCUCACCCUUCCCCUCCAAUCCCCCUCCUACCCUGGCCAGCCUCACUCACCCUUCACCCCUCCCCUACUGCCCCAUAGUCCCCCCUGCCAGCGGAGCACAGCCGCCGCAGAGGCGUCUGCAGGGACCGGGACUGCAAAGACCACAGCUCACGCAACCUGGAAACACAACCGCUGGGAUGCAGCCUCAGUCCAUGACCCCACGACAGCGUCCUCCAUUAAAGAAUCUGCAUAGCAACAGUGAGGAGAUCCAGGAUGACUUUGACUGGGACUCUCUGCUCGCUUGACCCUCAGUGACUGUGUAGAGAAAUGGUUAUAGUGAACAUUUCAGAAAAAUGUAACUUCCUCGCCGUCUGCUCUCCACUCAUUGCAGAAACUCUUUCGCUGAUGAGCGGCUUGAAGCAUCUCCGAGGUCAUGUCUGGGAUUAAGCUCAUCAGUUGUAACUGAAUGCUGUAUUUCAAGUUUUAUUCGCCUUUUUGUAUGCUGUAAUAAUUUUCAUUAAGUGUUUCUUUCACAGGUUAUAUGCAGGGUGCUUUUUAUGUUGAGCUAUAUACAAGAAAAUAAAAUUCAAACAUAAUCUUCUCAUUUUGAUGUACUUUAAAAACAGCAGUAAGACAAACAUAUGAUAAAUAGUUCUGUGAUAACUGCAGAGUGAGAUGAAACAAGCCAAACACAAAUCCUGUGUUUUUAUUUUAUUUCAUAAAUUCCUUUAGAUUUUUUCCAUUUUGCUUUUCAAAUGUGAAUGUUCACAGUCAUCACCACACAAAAUUCAACCUGACCCGAUAAAAGAGAUAUUUUUCUUGUUGAUAUAAAAUAACAAUAAAUUCAUCAAACUAAAUUAAAAGUACAGCAUGGA